GACCUGGGAUGAGAUAGAUGCCGUGGGUGUAUCUCCAUCUCCGAGGUCUGAUCAUGCUGCUGCAGUGCAUGCAGAACGUUUCCUUCUUAUCUUUGGUGGGGGAUCACAUGCAACCUGUUUGAUGACCUGCAUGUCCUUGAUUUGCAGACUAUGGAGUGGUCAAGACCAGCACAACAAGGUGAUGCACCAACUCCAAGAGCUGGACAUGCUGGCGUGACAAUUGGGGAGAACUGGUUUAUUGUUGGUGGCGGUGAUAACAAGAGUGGGGCAUCGGAGAGUGUUGUACUAAACAUGUCAACUCUUUCAUGGUCGGUAGUUGCUUCAGUUCAAGGACGUGUACCUCUUGCUAGUGAGGGAUUAAGUUUAGUGGUGAGUUCAUACAAUGGUGAAGAUGUACUAGUCGCUUUUGGUGGAUACAAUGGACGUUACAACAACGAAAUUAAUCUUCUUAAACCAAGCCACAAAUCAACAUUGCAAACAAAGACUCUGGAAGCGCCUUUGCCAGGCAGUCUUUCUGCUGUUAAUAACGCCACAACCAGAGACAUUGAGUCUGAGGUUGAGGUGAGCCAAGAAGGCAGAGUACGUGAAAUUGUCAUGGACAAUGUUAACCCUGGAUCAAAGGUUGAAGGAAACAGCGAACGCAUUAUUGCGACUAUUAAAUCUGAGAAGGAAGAGCUGGAGGCAUCACUGAACAAAGAGAGGAUGCAGACUCUCCAACUAAGGCAAGAGUUAGGAGAAGCAGAAUUACGAAACACAGAUUUGUACAAGGAACUUCAAUCUGUUCGUGGUCAACUUGCAGCCGAACAAUCAAGGUGUUUCAAACUGGAGGUUGAUGUUGCAGAGCUAAGACAAAAGCUUCAAACAUUGGAAACACUACAAAAGGAACUCGAACUCCUGCAGCGUCAAAAGGCUGCCUCAGAACAAGCUGCAAUGAACGCUAAACGACAGAGCUCGGGUGGCGUAUGGGGCUGGCUCGCUGGGAGCCCUCAGGAAAAGGAUGAUGAUUCGCCUGAUCAUUUUUGGCCCGGUAUUGCCAUUUUCCUCUGUUUCGUUACUUUUUCUGGUAAUGAUGGCUCGAGGAAAUUGGAAACGAUUGAUCAGGCCGAAGCUUUCCUUAUGGAGCUUGAUUCGGUUGCUACAGACAUUGGAAGUGAUGGUAAUGGAAAUGUUGAUUUCGGUUCUCGAGUGUCUGACAGUGAAACAGAACCUAGGUUUUGUGAAAUGAAAAGAGAGAAUAGAGACUCUGAUGACCGGUUUUAUGAGUUCUGCAUCGAAGUUGAUGAGAAGAAAAUGGAGAAAAAGCGAGUUCCGGACUACAAAUCUUACUUAUCCGAGUUUGAUGAUUAUGUUGCAAGCGAGAAAAUGGGUUCUGGAAAUUCUAAGGCAUUGAGCUAUGGGUUUGAAGUGGGAGAUAUGGUAUGGGGAAAGGUUAAGUCACAUCCGUGGUGGCCAGGUCAGAUAUUCAAUGAAGCGUUUGCGUCUCCCUCUGUUCGUUGUAUGAAGAAGAUGGGUUACGUUCUGGUUGCUUUCUUUGGAGAUAAUAGUUAUGGGUGGUUUGAUCCUGCUGAGCUUCUUCCUUUUGAACCUCAUGUAGCAGAGAAUUCGCAGCAAACUAAUUCAGGUCACUUUGCAAAAGCUGUGGAAGAAGCUAUGGAUGAAGUAGGUAGAAGGUCAGCUCUUGGGUUGACUUGUAAAUGUCGGAAUCAGUAUAACUUUAGGCCUACUAAUGUUCAAGGUUACUUUGCUGUAGACGUGCCUGAUUAUGAUCUCCAAGCUGUUUACUCUUUUAAGCAGAUUCAGAAAGCUAGGGAUAGUUUUUCAUCUGUUCAAACUCUAGCUUUCGUGAAGCGGUGUGCAUUAGCACCUCAAGAGUGUGAUACAGACAGCUUAAAGUCUUUCCAGAAGAAAGUAGCUGUUUGUGCAUUCCGUAGGGCAGUGUUUGAGGAGUUUGAUGAAACAUAUGAACAAGCCUUCAGGGCAAGAUCUGUAUACUGUUUAGUGAAGACACAUGAACCACUUAACAGAGCACCCCUUCGAGUCCCCUUGAGUGGCUCAUUGGUCAGUGCAGAAACUCUGGGCAACCCAAAGAGCUCUACAAAAGCUAUGAAUGUAAAGAAUUCUACUAAACAAGAAAAAUAUCUUCCCAAAAGAAGAGAGGGAGCUGGUGAUAUGACAGUUCAAUUUGGCCAGGUCCAAGAAUCUUUUCAGAUUCAGGGCAGCAACAGAUCUUCAGCUGGGGAUCAUAAACAUGAGCAGACCGGGCUUGUCAGCAUGAACUUCACCUCUUCAAGUGGUAAUAUUCCUGGAAAGAAAUCCUCUGUUUCAAAGCUCUCUCGUGAUGAUGACAAGGGUUUCGCUCAUGAGAAAUUUGAAGCAAUGAAAAGCCUUAAACAAGAAGAGACUGGCACGAACUCUAGAUCUAACGAAGGCUCUCUCCAGCCUUUUAUUGGUGGGAAAUUUUCUGCAGGAGUUGGGAUCAAGAAAGGCAAUGUCGUGAAACGGUCUUCUGGCGAAAUGGAAUCUGAGAAUGGUCCUCCAGAGCCGAAGAAGAAGAAGAAAGAGUCUGUGUCAGAGCUGAACCGUGACACUCCAGAUAAGAGGAAAACUUUAUCUUCUGGGGAAGCUUGGGCCAAGAAAUCAUCACAAGUGGAUUCAGCAAAGAGACACUCCAAUAUGUUGAUUGUGAGAAACUCUAAACUUGAUGGUCUGCAGCUGUUGAGUAAUUUGCAAGCUCUCUCGCUUGACUAUUUCUUUGGAUCCUCAGAUAGAAGUUCUUUUAGAGCUGUAAGGCAGUUCUUUCUUCAUUUCCGAUCACAUGUUUACCAGAGAAGCUUGGCCACAUCUCCGUCCACUACAAAACUGUCAAAAUCUGCGAAGACUUUGUGCAGAACUAAUGAACCAUCAAAGGCUGGGAGAAACCGCAUAUCGUCUGACAAUCAACAAGAUGUCCCAUCAACUAAGAAGCUAAAGAAAACCAUUCAGUUCAAACCAAUGGCUUCUGACAAGAAAACAAAGCAAGAAGCAACAAAGAGAUCAACUCUUGCCACUUUUAGUCCAGUGAGAGACCAAGGUGGUCCAGUCCCCAUCAAUGCCAAACCAGCUAUAGUUCAAUCAGAAAAGAAGAAGGCCCCAUCUGCAAUGGUAGUUGAGCCAACAAUGCUGGUCAUGAUGUUUCCUCCUGGUACAACUCUCCCUUCCACCGCUCUGCUUAAGGCGAGGUUUGGACGCUUUGGACAGUUGGAUCAAUCAGCCAUCAGAGUUUCCUGGAAAUCCUCGAUAUGCCGUGUUGUCUUCAAGUAUAAGCUCGAUGCGCAGACUGCCUUAAGAUAUGCAUCAGGAAGCAACUCUAUCUUUGGCAACGUGAAUGUGACAUACUUUCUCCGCGACAUGAAAGCUUCUUCUGCAUCCGGAGAUCAUGAACUGAAGAAAGCCAAGAUAGACGAACCAAUCAUUGAACCAUUGAACCAGUGGCUAGAGAAAGCACCGCCAGUUCACCAACCAAACAUCCAGCUCAAGUCGUGUUUGAAAAAACCAGGCAAUAACGAUAAUGGUAACCACAGAACAGUACGAGUGAAAUUCAUGUUGGGUGAAGAAACAGAGACGCCAUUUUCAGUUUCGGGUAGAAACAAUGGAAAUUACGCUUCUUCUUCAUCAUCAUCUGUUGCAAUGGAAUAUGUUAGUGAGAACACUCAAAACAUGGUUCCCUCAACAUUACCUCCGAUUCUUCCUCUCUCUUCACAAGACUCAGAACCAAAGCCUGUUAAUAAUCAAGUGAACCACGUAGAGCCACCAAUAAACCCGUCGCAGUUUACCGUGGACAUUUCCCUGCAGAUGAUGGAGCUGUUAACAAGGUGUAACGAUGUUGUGUCUAACGUCACGUGUUUGUUAGGUUACGUCCCUUAUCAUUCCUUAUGAAAGAGUACAUUAUUAAAAAAACAGAAGUAUGUCCUUAGGUAUUAGUAUGGUUAUACACUCUGGAGAAGGAACAUCUCUCUUUCUCUAAAUAUCCAGAGUUGGCAUAUAAACCGAAUUUAAACCA